AUGUCGCUGAGUGAAAAGAUCUGGCCACUUGACAAAGGACAUCACACCGCACCUCUGCCUUUCUCCUCACUGGGCAACGGCCCCUUUCAACCGCUGAGAGGGAGUAGAAUUGUGCCUGCCUGCCUCCCUCACCCCCCUCUCCCAUUUAUUUUCACACACUCUUCAACUGACUUCUCGAAAGGAUAGGAGGGAAAGAAAAUGAGAGGUGCGUUUUAGACUGCUAUGCAGAGCAGAACUGGAUAGGCUGUGGGAGUGAAAGAGGGAGGGAGGGUGAGAGAGAGUGAGAGAGAGAGAGAAAGGGAAGUUACAGCGCUCUGUUAUUGCUCUCUACCAUUCCCUCUCUGACCUGAAGAACAGAAAGGAGAGGGAGAGAGAGCAGAGCUUGAGAUGGCUCUUGGCACAACUCAGUAGCCAGCACAAGCAAACACCACAACUGGACCACACAAGCCAGAGGAUAUUAGUGGAUACUUAACUGCUUUAGAGCCUUUUCUUUAGGAUUACCCUUGGUGUGACUACUAAUUGCUUAAACCUGGGGACAACACAACAGCAGGUAGAGGAUGAGGUCCAAAAGCAGUGGGGUGGAGAGCCCGGCCACCGGGGUGCUUGGGGUUCCACAGGGUGACCAUGACAUCAGCCAAGAACAAGAAGUGGGUCUGCCUGUGAAGAGCCUAAUGGCCAAGGUUCAGCAGAAGGAGGGUGAGGAUAAGGUGGAGGUUGAGGUGAUAUCUGACAAAGAGAAGCUACUCUUUGAUUCCCCUGAGGCUGGAGACAAAAGAGGGGACAUCAUGGAUCUGUCCAAAGAGGGUCUGCUGAAACUGCUGGGGAUCAUGGAAGGAGAGGUUCAGGCCAGAGAAGUAGUUAUCUGCAUGCUUAAGUCCAAACCGACUGUCCCAGAGGCCCUUGAAUCACGUUAUGGCUCUGCGGUCCCUGGUUCAGCCCUCCAGGCCCUACAGAGGGACGACUCCAUCACUGGCACUGAGCCGUACAACCACAGUGUCUACCAAAAGCCUAUGGUUGAGCUGGAGCGUCUGCAGGAGAAGCACAAGGAGACGUACAGGAGGAUGCUGGGUCAGUUACUGCUCGCUGAAAAGUGCCACCGCCGCACCGUUCACGAGCUGGACACCGAGAAACGCAAACACGCAGACUACAUGAACAAGAGCGACGACUUCACCAACCUUCUGGAGCAGGAGAGAGAAAGACUGAAGAGGUUGCUUGAGAACGAAAAGGCCUACCAGGUAAGAAAGGAGAGGGAGCACUCUAAACGUCUGGCCAAGGUGCAGGAGGAGCUGGUCAAGCUGAAGUCCUUUGCCCUGAUGUUGGUCAAUGAGCGCCAGCAGCAACUGGAGCAAAUGGACCAACAGAGCCAGCGGGUCCAGGAACUGAGCCAGCAGCUUCAGCAGCAGGAACAGGCACUGAGUGAAGCCAGGGAGCGUGCUCAGGAGGAUGGCCACAGGGUGCUGAGCCUGGAGGCUGAGCUUAAAGAGAAAUCUGCCAAGCUUAACCAACAACACGAGGAGAUGAGUGCCAAGCUGGCCAGUCAGGAGAUCCACAACCGUCAACUUAAUGCCAAACUUUUAGGGCUUAGGCAUAAAGUGGAGGAGCAAGAGAAGAGCAACAGGGCCUUGAGGAAAUCUGAGGAGGAACUGCAGGAGCUGAGGGAGAAGAUCGGCAAAGGGGAAUGUGGCAACUCCAACUUGAUUACUGAGUUGGAGAACUUGCGGAAACGGGUGCUGGAGAUGGAGGGAAAGGAUGAGGAGAUUACCAAGACUGAAAAUCAGUGUAAGGAGCUAAGAAAGAGGCUACAUGAGGAGGAUAGCAAGAGUAAAGACCUCAGGCUGGAAGUGGAGAAGCUCCAGAAAAGAAUGAUGGAGUUAGAGAAACUUGAGGGUGCCUUCAGCAUAAACAAGGCUGAGUGUGCACAGUUACACACUGCUCUAGAGAGAGAGAAGGGCCUGACCAAAGAGCUCUCAGAUGAAGUCUUAGCUCUCAAGAUCCGCGUAAAGGAGCUUGAGUCCUCUGAACUCAAGUUAGAAAAGGCAGAGCUGAGCCUUAAGGAUGACUUGAGUAAACUGAAGUCAUUGACUGUUGCUUUGAUGGAAGAACGAAAGACCCUGAUGGAAAGAAUGAAGUCAGAUGAGAAGAAAAAGGAAGAUUUUAGUAAGAUGGUAAAAGUUGAGCAGGGUAAAGUUAUGGAGGUGACUGAGAAAUUGAUAGAGGAAAGCAAAAAGCUCCUGAAGUUGAAAUCAGAGAUGGAAACCAAAGUAGAGACUCUAACCAUAGAAAAGGGGGAGCUAUGCACUAAGCUAGCCUACGAAAUUGAUAAAACUAAGGAUCUUAAUUCUAAGGUCAGUCAAAUGAAAAAGAGGUUAGAUGGAUUUGAGCAAGCAGAAAAGCUAUCAGUGAAGAAUUCAGUGAAAUGUGAUCUGGGAAGAAUGUCUGACCCCGUUAAAAGAGAAGAUAACAAAGUUAAGGAGCUGACAUUUGAAAUUGAGCGCCUAAAAAAUCGUCUCAAACAACUUGAAGUAGUUGAAGGAGAUUUGAUCAAGACAGAGGAUCAGUAUGGCAUGUUGGAGAAAAGGUUCAUGAAUGAACAAGACAAAGCCAACAUUCUUUCCCAACAGGUGGAGGAAAUGAGGAGUCAGAUAGCACGAAACAAAGCAAUUGAGAAAGGAGAGGAGGAAAGCCAGGAAGAAGACCUCCAACAACGAUGCAAGAGAGAGGAGGUCAAAACCAGGGAACUGCAGGCUGAUGUCGUAGCCCUCAAGGAGAAGAUCCAUGAGCUGAUGAACAAGGAAGAUCAACUUUCUCAGCUCCAAGUGGAUUACUCUAUCCUGCAGCAGAGGUUCUUGGAAGAGGAGGAGAAAGCCAAGAACAUGGGCACGGAAGUUUUCCAUCUCACCAAAGAACUGGAGAUAGCAAAGCGUCAUAGUCGAGCUCUAAGGCCCAGUUUGAAUGGGAGGAGAAUGGUGGACGUUGCUGUGACAUCCACUGGAGUACAGACAGAGGCAUCGUCCACUGGGCCAGUAGAGGAGGAUACCCCAGCUGUGUUUAUCAGGAAGUCUGUUCAAGAAGAGAAUCACAUCAUGAACAACCUCAGACAGAAGUGCCUGAAGAAGUCAACAGAAAAGAGUGGUGCUAUUGAGCGUUGCCCUUCAUCUAACAGCGACCUGGGUGUGAAGAAAUCCUGGAUUCCCUGGAUGAGGAAAAAGGACACCACCACUCAAGAGACCAACUUGGAAAAGCGUUUGCACAUUAAUGGAAAUCAUUUGCCUUCUGAACUGACCAUGUCCCAAAAGCAAGGGCAGCCUUUACACAUCCGAGUAACGCCAGACCACCAAAACAACAUGGCCACUCUUGAGAUCAGCAGCCCUACUGCUGAGGACGUUUUCUCUAGCUCAGUUCCCCUCAGCCCCAACCCAUCUCAACCUAAAUCCAGAAUCACAAUCAUUCCCACCUACUCUGCUCCUACACACAAGAAAAAGUCCACCACUGGAUCUCAGGGCCCCGAAAGAGCCAAGUCUCCAGUCACCAUCACAACGAUAUCCAGAGCCAAGUCUCCAGAAAGCAGCCGAGCUCCCUCCUCUGCCUCAGGAAGGCCAUUGUCUCCUGUCUCUAUUAUGACAGUGAGCACUGCUAUAGUGCCUGAAGCAUCUGCCUCCCCAGAACCCCAGGAGAUGACCAUGGGCCGAGCUGUGUUCAAGGUUACCCCUGAGAAGCAGAUAGUCCCAAUGCCUAUACGGAAGGGUCACAACAACACUAGCAUCAUCACCACCACUGACGAUAACAGGAUCCAUAUUCAUCUAGGCAACAGCAUCACUCCAAAGAUGGUAGUCAGGCCGGUGGCUGCUGUAACAGAGGGCAGGGAAAUGACCUUAUCAACUGGGACAGUUUUACGCUCCCCCCGCCAAAUCACCACCACUGCUACCAGGAGCACACAGAGCAAAGUGAUGAGCAGUAUAACAAUUUCCCCUGUUACAUCCACUACUUCCAGACCCACACAAAGCAUGCAGACAGGGCAUGAUGCCCAGCCACCUCGCACAGGGCUGACCCGCAUCCCAAUGUCUAAGAGCCUGAAGACGGGGAAGGCUGUGCUGGGAUCCCUGGGGAUCUCGGGUGGAGUGAAGCUAGAGUCACGAGCUGAGAGUCAGUCUAUGAGGAUAGAAGUUAAAAAAUCCACUGUGAAUAGCAAUACUUUACAAAAUGGAGGAAAAGCCUGACUGACAUAAUAGUACCAACAAAAUAGUUAAACAUAUUUAAAUGUGGUGCUUUAGAGAGAUUAAGACAACACUCUGAUGACAGCUCUGAUGUCCAUAUACAACUCAGUUAGACAUUACAAGGUACAGAGGCAUUUUUAAUAAUUUAAAAUAAUUUUGCUUAAAUUUUGUAAUUAAAUAAGCCUUUAAUUUCAAUUUUUUGUAAAGUCUUUUGUACUUGUCUGUCUCAUAUCCAUUUCUACCAGUUAAAUGGAAACAUAUUUUCUGUAUUUACAGUGUGUAUUGUGAUUUGGGUUAAAUAUUAUAUCAGAUGCUACUAACAGCUUCUUGCUUUGAGUGGUUGUCUCACAUAUAAGAAGUUUGUUGAUAAUAUUUUAUAAGGACACGUGAUAAGUCAAAAUACCUGUUUUCAUGUAAAUUUUGUUUAUUUUUUCUGUAAAGGAUUUGUACUGAAAAGUAUUUUAAAUAAAUGUGACUUCAAAGGGUA